UCGGGACCGGGUAAACUGGCAGUUAAAUAAAAGCUAGAGCACUGGGGGCGAUGCAUCGAUGUAGCAGGAGAUAGCGCUCGUUAGUUGCAAAAUUUUAGGAAGCUUAGAACUGCUGCUGAUACUCUCUACUCUACUGGGCUUUCUCCGGCCGUCUGCGACGACACGUGCAUGGGGGGCACCUACGUGACGGCGGAAGCCGGCGGCGGCCGGGGACGAGGCGGCCGGUACCCGCCGCUGUCCGCGCUCGUCAUCUCCGCCAUCGCCGCCUUCUCCACCGUCAUCGUCCUCGCCAUCCUCCACUCGGCGUACGACGACGCGCUGUCGCGGACGCGGACGCUGCUGGGGCACAACCUGGAGCCGACGCCGUGGCACAUGUUCCCGCACGCCAAGGGCCGACCGCCGGCGCGCGCCGCGAUGCUGUGCGCGCCCUCACUCGCCUGCCUGCCGCCGCUGUUGCAGCCGCAGGCGCCAGCAGCCAACGCGUCGUCGGGCGCGCCGCGGCGCCAGUGCCCGGCCUACUUCGCGGCCAUCCACCGGGACCUCGCACCGUGGCGCCGCGCGGGCGCGGGCCAGGGCGUGUCGCGAGCGCUCCUCGACGCGGCGCGGCAGCGCGCAUCCAUGCGCAUCACCAUCACCGGCGGCGGCCGGCGGCUACACGUGGACCUCUACUACGCUUGCGUGCAGAGCCGCGCUCUGUUCACCGUCUGGAGCCUGCUGCAGCUCAUGCGGCGGUACCCCGGGCGCGUGCCCGACGUCGACCUCAUGUUCGACUGCAUGGACCGCCCCGCCAUCAACCGCACCGAGCACGGGAACGGCGAUCCCGCCGCUCCACCGCCGCCGCCGCUCUUCCGGUACUGCACCACCAGGGACCACUUCGACAUCCCCUUCCCUGAUUGGUCCUUCUGGGGCUGGCCAGAGACGAACAUCGAGCCAUGGAACCGGGAGUUCAAGAGCAUCAAGCUCGGGGCCAAGGCGACGAAAUGGCAGGACAGGGUGCCGACGGCGUACUGGAAGGGCAACCCGGACGUGGCGUCGCCGCUGCGGGUCGCGCUGCUCGGCUGCAACGACACCAACCUGUGGCGCGCCGAGAUCAUGCGCCAGAACUGGGAGGAGGAGGCCAAGUCCGGGUACAGCAACUCCAAGCUCUCCAGCCAGUGCACUCACCGGUACAAGAUCUACGCGGAGGGGUUCGCGUGGUCGGUGAGCCUCAAGUACAUCCUGUCGUGCGGAUCCAUGGCGCUGAUCAUCGAGCCGCAGUACCAGGACUUCUUCAGCCGGGGUCUGGACCCCAAGGUGAACUACUGGCCGGUGAGCAUCGUCGGCAUGUGCGAAUCGAUCAGGGACGCCGUGGACUGGGGCAACGCGAACCCGGCGGAGGCGGAGCGCGUCGGGAAGCGCGGCCAGCGGCUGAUGCAGGAGUUGCGCAUGGACGCCGUGUACGACUACAUGCUGCACCUGCUGACCGAGUACGCCAGGCUCAUGGACUUCCGGCCGGCGCCGCCGCCCACGGCGCAGGAGGUGUGCGAGGGGUCGGCGGUGUGCCUCGCCGACGGGAAGCAGCGGCUGUUCCUGGAGGAGUCCGCGGCGGAGCCGGCCGUGGACGAGCCGUGCGUGCUGCCGCCGCCGCCGCCCGAGUGAGUUGCCAAGGCAGAACGAGUCUGAAUGUGGAAUGUUCAAUUGAGCAUAGAUGGCUGGUCAAGAAGAUGUAAAUCUUUGGAAUUCCCAUGCUCCAAACGGGGUUUCUAUGGCGAUAUAAAUCUUUAGGAUUGAUUGAGGCUUAGAUGCAGCAGAGCUAGAGGUUUAGGAUUCAGUUAGUGAUGACGUAGGAAUGCCGAAUGUCACCGCCACUCGAUUCACAGCAUACAUGGGUGCGAAUGCUGAACUGUAAUAAAAAAGAGGUGUCCUUUAGCAUGAUU